AUGGCGAUGCUGAGACCGCGAAACACCGAUCAUGCAGCCGACAUCCGUUCCCGUAUCCACCCUCAUGAACACUUCGCUCUUACAUCCUCGAGUGCAGUACUCGACCCCUCCUUACACGACAACUUCGUUCAAGACGCCAAAAAAUUGAUUGAUUCUGUCAGUCCGCUACAACGUCCGGAGGGAUGGAAAAGAUUUGCAAAAUGCGCGGAGACAUCCACGGAGAUGUUCCUCCCAAGGUGGGAGGUCGACUUCACCGCUUUCAUACAAAGCGUUACUCUGUGCAUCAUAGUUACUGGGUUUUAUAAUGUGGAUCCUGGAGCCCUUUCCCCUGUCGAUGUCGCCUUCAUGACCAAUACACUCAACCACCACUCGGACUACGCCUCACGGCAAAGUCCACUCUAUCGCGGGGAGAUUUACUCCAUGAGGGAACGUGUUUGUAGAUGGGUCGGCAGUCACCGUGCCCUUCAGGCCCUGGAAACCAUUCUUCCUGCAUAUGAGUCUAUGUGGCGCCUGGUUGCUCUCACGUUGGCCUACGCGAGUGAAGAUCAAGACAGACACAAUGCCUUCCUAGAUUUCGGUGAGAACCCCACCCAAAAGCAAUUCCGUACUUUCAAGGUCAAGAACACUCGACCGAGUGUAGAAGCCAUUAUCAACGAGGUCCUCAGGUUGCACCCACCCAUGCGGUACAUCGUGCGCAAAAGCGGACACCCUUGGUGGAAGCGGCUGUUCUGCGCUCCGCAGGAGAUGGCUGACAUCGGAGCUGCACAUCGCUCUUGUGUAUAUGGCGAGCAUCCGAAUACCUUCAGUGCGAUGCGCUUCUAUCCUCAGCACGAUCAUGCGGCCCAGAUGAAACCGCUUGCUUUCGGACACGGCGGGCUGAGCUGUGUCGCCGAAGAUUGGGCGCCCAUGGCUGCAGCUUUGAUUGUUGCCACAGUCAUAGACAGAGUGGAUGAUGUCGGUUUUGUACUCGCGGGGAGGACAAUAGACACAAGGGUGGAUCGAGAUACGAGGACAGGUUGGGAUGGAUGGGUGAUCAAAAAGAAAGGGAGGGGGAUUGUUUCUCCUCCUUACGUUUCUAGUGGCUAG